CUUUUGUCCCAUGAGCCGCGCUGAUCUCCUCCUCUCCGCUCAAGCCGAUGCCAAUGGAGCGUCGUGCAGGCACACUGCGCUUAGCUCGCGCUGCGCAUCGUCUCGUCUCGCUCCGCCUCCGUCGGCCGCCAGCCACUCUCCACUGCCUCUCUGCUGCCAUGUCUACAAUCGCGGUGCACAACCCCUCGGCGGCCUGUAUAGUAGAAUCGGCUUGUCUUACAACUGAUGACGCGGAUAGCCCGAAUGACGCGACGCGUUCCUCCUCAGAUCGCAACGCGCCAUCGCAAUGGCCGGUUGUUGCGAGUGGCGAGUUUGGCUUGAGUUGCUCGCGCGCUUUUGCACAAAUGCGGGGUGGUGCGAUCAACUCUGGAACGGCCGCGACGGUAGCAGCACGGUGGCAAUUCGAAGGCGUAAGAGCCGUCGACGGCAGAAGUUGUUUUCCUGCAAGCGGACAAAGGCUCGUACACAUCAGCGCAUAUCGUCAAGUCCCUUCCGUUGAUACUACGGCCGCAGUCAUGCCCGCAUCUCUCGAAACGAAUCGCGCAUCGGUAGCAGAUGAUAAUCAUCCAUCAGCUCCAUCAGCUCCAUCAGCUCAAUCAGCUCCAUCAGCUCACCACGAUUCAACUCAGCUACGGUUUAACUCGGUCGAAGAGGUUCCCCCGCUGCUGCUCGAUCUCUUCCGCGGAUGGCGGAUGGACGACCGCCAGGUGCUUCUCCUGAUGCGCGGGCGCCCGGGGCUCGCGCGGAUCGACGUGGCGGAGAAGGUCCUCCCCGGCGUGCGCCUGCUGCUGGCGUGCGGCGUGCAGCCGCGCGACCUGGCGCAAAGCGCGCGUUACGACUCCGUGUGGCUCGGGCAGCCCGUGGAAAAAAUAAAAGAGGUUGUGACUUUUCUGAGGGGGCUCGGGCUGAAAGACGGGGAGAGUCUGGGGACGGUUCUGAGGCGGUUUCCGCGCGCUUUCUCCUGCAAUGCGGCCAUUCAGCUGCAGCCACGUGUCCAAAAGCUGUUGGACUUGGGAAUUGAUGAUAUCUCGUACAUCAUUAAAGCCUGCCCGCGUCUGCUGCUGAUUUCUGCUGAAAGGGUUCAGGAGAGAUUGGAUUUCCUGGCUCAGGUGGCCGGUGAGGGCCACGUCACCAGCAUCGUGCGGCGCCAGCCGUACAUCCUGACGCAGCCAAUCACAGAGCUCCAAUCCAAGCUGGACGUGUUCCGGGAUAUCCUAGGGUCGGAAGAGGACGCUCUGAAAGUUUUUCGGCAGAUCCGACGGCUGCCAGCGCACUCAGCCAGCAAGAUGACCUCCACAUUCCACACCUUGUGCGAGAUCGUUGGGCCGGAGAACGCUCAGAAGGUGGUGGGGAAGCGGUCGAGCAUUUUAUCAACAAAUUCCACAACCAUGCGGUCUAACUUUGAGCAUUGGCGCGCUCUCCUUUCCCACCUUCCACCCCCGAAAUUAGCAAAUCUGUUUGUGCGGUACCCUGCGCUGCUGCAUCUGAGCUGGAAGAGCAACAUUGAGCCCAAGGCGGAGUUUUUUGAGAGAGAGCUGGGGCUGUCACUGGCCGCUGUAGCGGCCGUGCCUCUGGUGGCGUGCUACAGCCUGGAGCAAAGGAUACGGCCCCGGGUGCAGCGGCUGCAGGAAGCAGGGAUAGGGAUAGUGGAGACAGACAAGGGGAUUGUGUGCCUGCCAAGAGGUAUGGUUGAUGGGGGCAGAUGGAGAAAUGCUGACGGUGGUGAUAGCAGCAGUGGUAGCUGGGAAGAGAACGACCGUGGUCGCAACGAAGGGGAUAACGCUCAGGUUCAGAUGGGUAAAGCUGACCUUGGUGGUGAUAUAGGUAGUAGGACGGAUCAUGGCCAUCUGGUUGUUAGCGAGGGUUAUGAGGAGGGACUAAAAUUUGAAGGGCAACAGGGAGAGAAUGUCAAGCCUGGCCAGGUGCAGCAGAGAGCAGUUAGUCUAAGCACUUUGAUUCAGGCAAGUAAAGACAGGUUCGAUGAAUUGUUGAAGAAGCUCGUCAAUGGGGUAGAUGAUUGGGAUAAAGCCUAGGCAAGGAAGCCAAUUCUCCCUAUGUAAGUGACGCAAACUGAUUGAGGAAAGUUGGCAAUAAA